CAUCGUCAUCGUUCGCAGUGCUGAGAAAGGCUCCUCUCGCACCACUUUCUCCAUACUGCAGUAGGCGGUAUCGUUAGACGUCGAGGCAUCGCUGUACAACCAACAUAACGAUGUUCGUGUUGUACCUGUCGCUGCUUCUGGUAGUUCCAGGAUGUUUGAGCGUCAACGUGAUUGAACACGCUGGUGCCUACGGCCCUGAUGUCGUGACGACGGUGGUGGACAUAAUUCGAUCAAACUGCAUCCUGCCAGGGGACAAGCUGUUUCUCCGCCGCCUGGCCUACGUCGAGACGAAGGACGGGUCCAUGCCCAAAACGUACAGUGACCCAAAUAACAGUGGCGGAAUCUGGCAGGUCUCCUCCAGCAUGCUGGCCCAGACCCAGGGUAACCAGCCCGAGCUGCAGCCUCUGUACAAAAUCCUCCAGGACUCCCUACACAUAAACUGGAUGACCGUACAGUGGUCCGACCUCAGGAAGCCCCUCUACUCCGGACUGGCUGCCGCCCUCUACCUCACCCUACAAACCAGCCAUCCAGGGGUCACCAUCCCUCUGAAGGUCGAGGAACAGGCCAUUUUCUGGAGGGACAAAUACGAAAACGGAUUGAGCAGCCCGUACAACUUUACAUCAACGGUUAACGCGAUGGAACUUGGGUGUCAGGCUUUAAAUAGACAGUUAGACGUCGUCUUUAUCGUAGACACCUCAAGCAGUCUCAGCAAAGAUGACUUUACACGAGCCAAGACGUUCCUGAGGAAUAUCGUGAAUGGACUCAAUGUUGGCCGAAACACUGCCCACGUCGCCGUGAUAACCUUUGCAUCCGCCGUUAAUGUCCAGUUCAACCUCAACAACUACUUCUCCAAGGCAGAAGUCUUUACAGCCAUUGGCCAACUUGUCUACACAGGCGGCGCCACCAACACUGCUGGUGCUCUCAACACCGCCACUAACGACGUCUUCGCCACCUCCAGAGGCGGUAGGGACAGCGCCGUCAAGGUGGCCUUCCUCAUCACUGAUGGACAGUCUGAUGACAGAAUCAACACUGAGCACGCUGCAGAAAACGCACGCAACCAUGGAAUCGCCAUAUACACUGUGGGGGUUGGGAAUGCAGUAGACGCCACUGAACUGCAGCAAGUGGCCACGCCCCCAGCAUGUACCCAUUCCUACCUUACAAACGGGUACGACAUCAUCGCCAACCUCAAACAGGAGAUCCAGAACAGCAUCUGCAGGGCCCCAUUGUACGCCAACUGGACGGUGGAAUGUACGAUUGGGACUUGCCCUACAUACGCCUUCCCCUUCACCGGCAACAACGGCCUCACCAUCAAGGCCACGGUCUCCUGCGGCACCUCCAUCCUGUACGCCGACGUGAACAACUACUACCCCAGCUCCGCACACAACCUCAUCGACGAGGUUCUCAACGGAGCGGAGAAGAUGUUCUACCAGGCCAAGCCUGACGCCAACGCCAACUACCUGUAUAUUAUGGUGAAGGACUCGCAAGGAAGCAACGGCUGUAACGUGACCUUGACGCCCCUUGUCGGCAACCAGGUGAUUACAGGGUUCGAGGUCAUCUGUCGGGAUCUGCCGUCCCACUCUCCGAGAACGUGCACGAAAACAGAUUUGAUCCAGUUCAGACCGCUCAUAUGUGACGGCGUUCCCACCGUGAGCAACCCAUGUACACAAGCAGAUGCGCUGUCACAGAAGAAGUACCCCUUUCCGGGUGACACAAACCGCUACAUCCAGUGUUUGCCAAAUGGACUUUUCCAGGUGAGCUACUGUCCAACUGACACCAUCUUUGACCCUGACUGUGAGACAUGUUACGGGCGAAACGUUCCGAAAGUGGACUGCACUGUCGUUGCCCAAGUAAGUUCGAACCCUUGCACGGCCCAGAAUCUUCUCAACAACAACUUUUACUUCGAGUUCCCUGGGGACCACACUAAAUACAUACAGUGCGACAUCUGGGGUCACGCUUGGGUGCGGUCCUGUCAGACCUCAUAUGUAUGGGUGCAAGUACACACCACGUGCGAGGAACCAGGGACCUCCUACAACCCUUGCCCCCAGAUGGCGCUCCAUGGUCAACGGUUCUACGGCUACCCAGGAGACAUGCAUAAAUACAUCGAAUGCGUCGACACGCUGAAUCCACAAGUUCUGAGCUGCCCGAACCAGGAAGUCUGGGAUGACUGUGUGAAGACAUGUCUUGGAAUGUCAGAGUUGACUCCAAACUGUGGGUCUGGGACACAAAUGCCUACGUACACCCGUGCACCCACAGCAGCCCCACAAUACACCACUAUUCGCAACGGAGCUUCAGAGAGCAUGUACGAAUAUCCUUGCACUCAGCAGCACAUUCAGGCCAACGAGCUGUAUUUCCCCGUCCCUAGCAACCACCAUCAGUACUUCCAAUGCAGCCUAGUGGGAGUCAGAUACACCAAGACCUGCCCAGGGUCAGACUGCUAUGAUCCCAACUCUCACACUUGUGUUGAUGGCUGUAUCUUCAUUGAUAGUAACUUGCAUCCAGCCGGCAAGAAAUAAAACUCACGGCACACAAAAUAAUUAUUCAUUCAUUUUUGUAUAUGUUUUCACGGAUUACCCGUUUUUUAGACAGCCUCUGAAAAUCAUAUUUACGAAUGGUGUGUCGCUAUUUAUAAGAUAUCAUCUGGAAUAUCGUCUUUUGAAUAACUGCAUCAUUUGAUUUCGAUAUAUAUGGACAGGUUUGUUUUUCCAAGACGCCAUAACCCUAUGACCCUACGUUGUAUUUUGUCAUUAGAAGCCACAAACGGGCAUUUAACAACUUUAAGAGACAUGUUGUGUAAGAUUCUUUCCCUGAAACAAUUCCAACUCCUACAAAUCCUGUUUGUGACAUUAAUGUUAAGGAUGUCAUAAGCUGUAUAUAUGCUACUCAAAAGAAGUUAAAGAAUACCAAUACUGUAUGCCUGGCAGAUUAACUAUCAGAUGUUCUUUAACUGUCUUGAGUGGUAUCCAUCUCAUAAGAAUUCCCAAUCUUUUCAUACCAUGUUCAUCCUAAAACUUAGAUUAAGUUGUCUAGAUGUGUUUAUCGUGUCCUGUUAUCGUGAUCUGUGGAUGAAUAUUGUAGCGAAAUGUUUAAUGCUGACUUGGCCCCUUUUCUAACAUUCCGAUGAAGUAGUAAUGAAUUCUAGGUGUGGCAUAUCUGUGUGUGGUCACUGUAUUAAUCCAGAAACAUUGACAUUAUGCUGUCUAUAUAUUAAACAAGCUUUUCAUAAUAAACAAUGUAUCUACAUCA